AUGCAUUCAGGUCCAUUAAAUAGAAUUGUUGCAGUGUCGUAUUACAAGAUGCUUAGUAGGUCAUCAGUGAGUUUGAGGCUGUUUUUCUGUAAAAUCAACUUGUUGAAUCAAACUAAGCACAUGCAGAUUUGUCUGUCAAAGAAGAAUGAAGUUUCAGUAUUGAAUCACUGUCGUGUACACGGUCAUUCUGACUCAUACCGUUGUGUAGCUGCGGGAAGAGCAGUAUUCCGAGGAACUUUAAAGAAUGUUAGCGAAGGUGUAGCAUCUAGACUGUCUGGAUAUUGUUGGGGUUCUAGGUGUUACCGUUCCAACGCGCAUGCAAGAAUGACGUUCCUCAACAAGUUUGUUAACGUUAUACGUGCUGCGAAUGUAGGUAUCAUGACUUACAGCAGAUAUCAAUUCUUGUCAACUACAUUACUACAACCUCCAGAGGCUCUCUCACGGCGACCCAAGAAACCAAUGGGAGCAUUCCAACUGUACUUUAAGGAAGUGUAUCAUGAUGUAAUGAGAAGAUACCCUGGAAUGAUGAUGGCUGAGUUGAUUCAAGUUGCUGCCGAAGAAUAUGGUAGUUUAGAUGACAUAAUUAGAGAGGCAUAUAAGGAAGAAUCUCGUUAUGCAAUGGAUGAACAUAAGAAAGCAAUGCAGGUCUACAAGGAUCACAUAACAGUUGAAGACAAGAAGUCAUUAGCUGCAUGGCAGGACAAGAAAAGGAAAGCAAGACAAAAACGUGCAGAGAGAGCUGAACGGAAAGCACUGCAGACACCCAAGGGACCAACACGGCCAUUUGUCUUGUUUGCAAAUGAAUAUCGGAAGCAGUGCCAAUUGGCUGGUUCUUUACAGCAUAUGGCUGCUACUCAGUCAGUUAAAGAAGCUGCAGCUGUGUGGAAGGAAAUGGCAGAUGAAGAAAAGCAGGUUUACAAAGAGAAAUUUGAAAACGACCGUCAACGUUAUAACAAGGAGAUGAUUGCAUUUAAAAGAAUUCAUAAUCAUAGUCGAGACAAAUCUCUUAGUGAUUCUAAAGCUCAAGAUCUUUCAGCGUUUGAUAUGUUUGUAGAAGAACAGCUAGAGUCUGGCAGUAUUAAUUCUGAGGGUAAAUUGAGAAGUCAAAUACUGAAUGAAGCUUUUAGGUUAUGGAAGGCUUUGUCACCUGCAGAUCAUGAACGCUACACCAAUUUUGGCAAAGCAGCGAGAAUGCAUAUGAGAAGACAUGCAACUGGAUUAUCUGUUAAUUAAUUAAUUGACAAGUAUGACAUGCUCGCAUGGCAUGCGGAGGUAUUUUGUUCGUAGGUCAAGUCACAUGA